AUGCCGUCGCCUACAGACGACGAGAUCCCCUUCCCGCCGCUAAGCAGCCAUCAUCAUCAUCGCUCCCACCUCUCCCCCAACGACGCGUGCGUCUCGCCCCCGCGGCGGUAUGAGGGCGGCGGCGGAACCAGCGGCGGCGGUGUCGACGGCGCGGCCGACUCUGCCAUGCGCAUGCGACGACUCAACGGCGAGCGCAGCGGCAGCCGUCGACGCAAGCGAACGUGGAAGAAGCUCAUGUGGGUGAAGCAAUCAUACCCCGAUAACUACACCGAUCAGGCCACCUUUCUCGAGAACCUCCAGCGCAACCCCCGCCUCAAGCCGUACGACUUUUGGCCGCUCGUCGCCGACUCGACCGUCAUCCUGCAGCACGUCUGCUCCGUCAUCAUCUUCGUCGUCAGCUUCGUCGCCAUCUUCCACUCGCGCGUCUCGCCCGUCGCCGUCGUCAGCUGGAGCUCCGUCGGCACCUUUCUCGGCUGGAUCCUCUGGGAGCGCUGGGUCGCCGAGGAGGAGGACCUUGAGGUCGAGCAGCUGCUGUUGCUAAAUGGGUCGACAGCCGCCGCGGCAGCAGCAGCCUCACCGUCUGGUGCUGGCUCCGGUUCUACCACCACUGCGGCUGCUGCUGCUGCUGCUGCUACACUUCCCGCAGGCCCGAUUGCCCGCCGUAGGACGCGCGCUGGUAGCUUGCGGCGGCCCGUACUACCCAUACCGCCUCCGUCCACGGCUGGGUCGUCCGCUGCUAGCUCCGCAACGAACCUGACCCUCGGUGCCGUGUCGCCGCCGCCGGCCAGCAUCAGCCGCGCCACAUCCGCCGCAGACGUCACCAGUACGACUACUGGUGGCGACCAGGCCGUCGAGUCAAAGCAGCAGCGCCCGUCGCUCCCUCCACGCAGCUCCGCCGGCUCCGAGGUCCGCCGUGUCGAGUUCGCCUACCCAACCGUGCUCCCCGGCGAGGAGAGCCGGCUCAUGCAGCGCCUCGGCACCAUCAAGUCGGCCGUGCUCAUCUACUCGACGCUCCUCGGCCUCAGCCCGAUCCUCAAGUCGCUCACGCGCUCCACCUCGAGCGACAGCAUCUGGGCCAUGUCCUUUUGGCUGCUCGCCAUCAACAUCUUCUUCUUCGACUACUCGGGCGGCGUCCCCGUCGCCGGCGCGGGCGUCGCCGCCGGCGGCGGCUCCCAGUUCCCGGCCUCCCUCUCCACCAACGCCGCCCUCAUGGCCUCCACCGUGCUCGCCAGCCGCCUGCCCGACACCACCCAGGUCUUCUCGCUCACCCUCUUCAGCAUCCAGGUGUUUGGCCUGUUCCCCGUCUUCCGGCGGCACGUGCGACACCGCGCGUGGCGGUACCACGUGCUGCUGACGGUGCUGCUGGUGCUCGGCGCGGGGCUCGGCGUCGGCAUGGUGCUGGGCGACGGGGGCGACGACGGGGCGCCGUGGCCGUGGAGGAGGGGCCUGGUCGGCAUGGUGGUUAGCUUGCUGAUCGCGGCGCUGGCGGCGGGAGGGUGCAGCUGGUGGCUGAUUGGUCUGCAAAAGUACAAGAAUGAGAUUCGCGGCCCGUGGGACCCGGCCAGGCCCAUCAUCAUGAGCAGGCCUCGAUGGGACUGA